UUCCUUCUAUGCUAUGCAUACCACAGAGAGUGAGAACAGUCAUGGCUUGUCAUUUUUGGCAUAUUUUCCAAAUUCAAUUAUCUUCUCAGUCAAAUCAAAAUCCAAUACCUACAAUAUUUCAUUUGCUUUUCUCCCAUUUUUUUCAUUCCAAAUUCAUUACGCAACAGUCUUCAUUUUUUUUUUUUUAUAAUCAUCAUCAACAAUUCUCCAUCUUCCUCCUGCACCAUUCUUUGACCAAGUUCCUUUUCUCUUCUCAAUGCAGCAUUGUUCCUGGGUUUCCUUUCUUCUGUAACUGUUGUAUCAUGUUCGUGAAUUUGGGUUUCAUCUUUUGUUAAUAGGUAGUUAAAUUCUUUGUUGGAUAUAAUAUGGGGCAUACCUUGAAUCUUUGAGAUAAAUUUAACUAGUGAAGGAACAAUGGGAGGGAUCUGUCCUGGAGGAAUGAGAGGGAAGAAUAAAGGGCUUCGAGGGAAGACUGAUUCUGAGUUUUCAACGAGGGUGGAAUCAUUAAGGGGCCUUCCUCUGCAGAAAAGAAGUUCUAAUUCACAGACCAACUUGGCUGGCUUUGAAAAGUGGCAGCAUAGUCUUAAUAGCAGCCUUCUAUCAUUUUCCAGUGAAUUGAAGCAAUCAACGCCCGCUACAGAAGCAGCAAACAAGGUUCUUCAGGGGAGUUCGUUUCUGGGAAGAGCUGGCAUUGUUGGCCUAGAGAGGACUGUUGAUCUUCUUGACAUGCUUGGGAGUAGCAUGUCAGAUUUGAAUGCUGGUCAUAGCUUUCCUUCUGGCAUUAUUUCCAGAGGGAAUUGGAUAAGUAUACUGGCAUUUGAAGUGGCUAACACAAUAGCAAGAGGUGCAAAUUUGCUGCAAUCACUUUCGGAAGAAAAUAUCCUUUUCCUGAAAAAGGAUGUCCUCAAUUCGGAAGGAGUGCAGAAGUUAGUCUCCACAGAUAUUAAAGAAUUACUAAGUGUGGCUGCUACUGACAAGAGGUGCUUCUUAGUGAAAAGGGUUGCUUUUCCUCUGUGGGAAGAAUUGAAUGCUUUUUCAAGAGAAGUAAUAAGGUUUGGAGAUCUAUGUAAAGACCCGCAGUGGCACAACCUUGGUCGAUACUUUUCAAAAUUAGAUAUGAACAAUUCAAUCAAUAAACAUAGAGCAGAGGCAGAAACGACAAUGCAAGAGUUGAUAACUCUGGCUCAGCAAACUUCUGAAUUAUAUCAUGAAUUGAAUGCCUUGGACAGAUUCGAACAAGAUUAUAGGCAAAAGCUUGAGGAAGUGUCAUCCUUAAAUCUCCCCAGAAGAGGAGAGAGCCUCAUGAUUUUACAUGAUGCGCUAAAGCAACAAACAAAGCUUGUGAAGAGCUUGAAAAAGAAAUCUCUUUGGUUUAGAACAUUGGAGGAGAUUGUAGAGAAGCUAGUUCAUAUAGUUACCUUCAUGCAUCAAGUAAUCCUUGAAGCCUUUGGAGGUGUGGCAUCAGUUCAGAAAGCCUCAACUGAGGAUCCUCAAAGACUAGGUGUUGCUGGCCUUGCACUACACUAUGCGAAUGUAAUUAAUCAGAUAGAUAAUAUUGCAUCUCAACCAGCCUUCGUUCCAGCUAAUGUGAGGGAGACAUUAUAUCACGGGUUGCCAACCAAUGUUAAGAAAUCUUUAAGGUCUCGAUUGCUGUCUAUUGAUGCCAAGGAAAAACUUACAAUUUCCGAGGUCAAAGAUGAGAUGGAGAAAACACUCCACUGGCUCGUUCCAGUUGCCGCAAACACAACCAGAGCACAUCAGGAUUUUGGAUGGGUUGGAGAAUGGGCAAACACCAGCUUUGAAUUCCAGCAGAAUGCAGCCCAAAACAGUAGCCUAACCCGACUCCAGACACUAUAUCAUGCCGAUCAACGGAAGACAGACGCAUACAUCCUUGAAUUGGUGACUUGGCUUCACCAUUUGGUCAGCUUAACAAAACAGAGGGAACACAGUUUCAAGCCUCAGCCUGUUCGAUCUCCAACUCAGAAAACUAUCACCUUCCAACCUAAAAUGCUCCAAUUUCUACCAUUCAACUAUGGUCCGAAAACACAGGUGAUCGAACUUUCUCAAGAAGAGAGAAUUCUAUUGAACAAGCUCAACCGGCGGAGAUUGAAUCCAGGAAUAAGUAGAAGUCAGGAAUUCCCUAUUGGCGAGAAGAAAGGCAGUAGAGUUUGGGCAUUAAGCAGAAGUGCCGACAACUCUCCUCAGGGGGAUCUCACUCCAUGGAGCCUGGAUCAUCAGAAAACUAUGAUAGAUGUUAUGGAUGACUUAUUUUACAAUUUUUGAGAGCAAUUUUCUUGCUGUCGUUUAGAAAAAAAAAUAAAAAUCUUUUCCAUUCCUAUUCUUUUGUAUUUAUGCAUAAUAGCACUUCUACUUGGCAAUAAUUUUACCAGAACAAAGUGAUGUUUGAAAUUAUUCUAUGUUCUUUGAGAAUUGGUUAGUCCUACUGCACUGCUUUCAAC